GAGCCCUCUACAGGGACGUCAUGCAGGAGAACUACGAGACGGUGACCUCGCUGGGAUUUCCCAUUCCCAAACCUGAGCUGAUCGCACAGCUGGAACGAGGGGAAGAGCCGUGGGUGCCUGAUCUCCAGGUCUGCGAGGAAACAGAGGUCCUGAGAUGCACCCGCACAGCAGGUGCUGAGAGAGUCAGUGAUAAGGGGAAUCAUCAUGAGGAAGUUCCUGGGGAAGUGGAACCACAGCGCACAUUUGUGGGAAGAGCUGAAGGGAAUGUUUCCCAGUGCUGGGAACAGGGAGAAGCCUGGGGAAAUUGGCACAAGUCAGAGAGGCUGAUGGGAAACCAGCCAGGGAAGAAAGUGGAUGAAUCUAUUAACUGUGGGGGAGGAGACAAGGAUCCCACAGCUCAGCGGACAAAUCCCAAGGAAGAGAAACCCUACCACUGCCUCCAGUGUGGGAAAGGAUUCAUUGCGAGACCACACCGUGUUACGAAUCAGACAAUCCAUACUGGAGAGAAACCCCUUCAAUGCUUGGCCCCUGGGAAAAUCUUCAAUAUCUGCUCAGACUUUAAUAACCAUGGAAAAAGCCACAUGGGAGAGAAAUCCUAUCAAUGCCUUGAGUGUGGGAAUUGUUUGAAUUGGAAUUCAGCACUAAUUACACAACAGAUAAACCACACAGGAGAGAGAUCCCAUAAGUGCUUAGAGUGUGGAAAAAGUUUCACACAGCGAUCAUAUCUUGUAACACAUCAGAGGAGGCACACAGGAGAGAGACCCUAUAAGUGCUUGGACUGUGGGAAAAGUUUCAUAUGGAGGUCAGACCUUGUUAAACAUCAGGCAAUCCACACAGGAGAGAGACCCCAUAAGUGCUUAGACUGUGGGAAAAGUUACACACGGAGAUCAGACCUUGUUAGACAUCAGGCAUUGCACACAGGAGAUAGACCUUAUAAAUGCUUGGCAUGUGGGAAAAGCUUCGUACGGAGGUCAAUCCUUGUUAGACAUCAGGCAAUCCACACAGGAGAGCAAUCCCAUGAAUGUGUGGACUAUGGGAAAUGUUUCAUACAGAGGUCAGACCUUCUUAAACAUCAGGAUUUCCACAUAGGAGAGAGACCCCAUAAGUGCUUGGACUGUGGAAAGAGUUUCACACAGCGACCAUAUCUUAUAACACAUCAGAGGAGGCACACAGGAGAGAGACCCUAUAAGUGCUUGGACUGUGGGAAAAGUUUCAUAUGGAGGUCAGACCUUGUUAAACAUCAGGCAAUCCACACAGGAGAGAGACCCCAUAAGUGCUUAGACUGUGGGAAAAGUUACACACGGAGGUCAGACCUUGUUAAACAUCAGGCAAUCCACAUAGGAGACAGACCCCACAAGUGCUUGGACUGUGGGAAAAGUUUCAGAAACACAUCAGCCCUUGUUAAACAUCAGGCAUUCCACACAGGAGAGAGACCCCAUAAGUGCUUAGACUGUGGGAAAAGUUACAUACGGCGGUCAGACCUUGUUAGACAUCAGGCAAUCCACACAGGAGAUAGACCCCAUAAGUGCUUAGAUUGUGGAAAGAGUUUCACACAGCGAUCAUAUCUUGUAACACAUCAGAGGAUUCACACAGGAGAGAGACCCCAUAAGUGCUUGGACUGUGGGAAAAGUUUCAGAAACAUAUCAGCCCUUGUUAAACAUCAGGCAAUCCACACAGGAGAGAGACUCCAUAAAUGCUUGGACUGUGGAAAGAGUUUCACACAGCGAUCGUAUCUUGUGACACAUCAGAGGAUCCACACAGGAGGCAGACCCCAUAAGUGCUUGGACUGUGGGAAAAGUUUCAGAAACACAUCAGCACUUGUUAAACAUCAGGCAAUCCACACAGGAGAGAGACCCCAUAAAUGCUUGUACUGUGGAAAGCGUUUCACACAGCGAUCAUACCUCGUAACACAUCAGAGGAUCCACACAGCAGAGAGACCCCAUAAGUGCUUGGACUGUGGGAAAAGUUUCAUAUGGAGGUCAGAGCUUGUUAAACAUCAGGCAAUCCACACAGGAGAGAGCCCCCAUAAAUGUUCUGACUGUGGGAAAAGUUACACACGGAGGUCAGACCUUGUUAGACAUCACGCAAUCCACACAGGGGAUAGACCCCAUAAGUGCUUAGACUGUGGAAAAAGCUUCAUACGGAGGUCAAUUCUUGUUAGACAUCAGGCAAUCCACACAGGAGAGAAAUCCUAUAAAUGUGUGGACUAUGGGAAAUGUUUCAUACAGAGGUCAGACCUUGUUAAACAUCAGGAUUUCCACAUAGGAGACAUAUCCAACAAGUGCUUGGAUUGUGGAAAAAGUUUCACACAGCGAUCAUAUCUUAUAACACAUCAGAGGAGGCACACAGGAGAGAGACCCCAUAAGUGCUUGGACUGUGGGAAAAGUUUCAUAUGGAGGUCAGACCUUGUUAAACAUCAGGCAAUCCACACAGGAGAGAGACCCCAUAAGUGCUUAGACUGUGGGAAAAGUUACACACGUAGGUCAGACCUUUUUAGACAUCAGGCAAUCCACAGAGGAGAGAAAUCCCAUAAAUAUGUGGACUAAGGAAAAUGUUUCAUACAGAGGUCAAAUUUUGUUAAACAUCAGCUAAUCCACACAGGAGAGAGACCCCAUAAAUGCUUGAACUGUGGAAAGAGUUUCACACAGUGAUCAUAUCUUAUAACACAUCAGAGAAUCCACACAGGGGAGAGACCCAUAAGUGCUUGGACUGUGGGAAAAGUUUCAUAUGGAGGUCAGAUCUUGUUAGACAUCAGGCAAUCCACACAGGAGAUAGACCCCCAUAAGUGUUUAGACUGUGGGGAAAGUUUCAGAAACACAUCAGCCGUUGUUAAACAUCAGGCAAUUCACACAGGAGAGAGACCCCAUAAAUGCUUGGACUGUAGGAAAAGUUACACACAGAGAUCGCACCUCAUUAAACAUGGGAGAAUCCACACAGGAUCUGAAGUUCUGUUACACAGGGACAGGAGUGUUGAAAAACUUGCCGGGUAAUUGACCCGUAUGUAACCAUUAGAGACAUGUUACAUAAAUUUGUAAAUGGUAAUUAGGGCCAAUCCAUACGAGAUAAGAUAGUGGUUUGAGAUGUAAACUUGUAUUGUUAAAUACUUGGAUGAAGAGGGUAGCUGAAGUAGUCUGUGAUUACCUUUAUCUUGUUAGAGGUUAACAAUGUAACCAAACAGUUCCUGUCCAGGGCUGUAUUCUGUUAAUUCAAAGAUCAAAAGAAAAUAUUAACAUUUAGAUAAAACUUGGGUAUAAUAAUGUCACUGUCUGUAUGUCUGUGUAAAGUUUGUGGUAAACUAUUAACUGCAUUAUGGAUAAUUACCUUAUGUUAAUGCAGAUAAUUGAUUACCAGUGAUGUUAGGAAAUAGAAGCUUACUUCAAAUUUUCACCACAGGACUGCAUGAUGUGGAGAUGGUGCAAAAAUCUGUAUUAGAACUCCUGGGACCUGAUUCUUUUAUCUCCAAUCUUCUUAAGCUUAAUUUGGGGAGAGUUUGAGUCGUAAAAUCUGAGAUCUCCAGUCCCAGCUGGACCUGCCUUGUAUCGACCAUUUGGACAUUGGACUAUAACCUGAUGAAAUGAUUUUAAAAAGGACUCUUCGCAAUUCUAAAGCACCAUCUCGACAGUGAACCUGACGUAAGGACUCCAUUCAUCUUUUGAUGUGUAAUGAUCUUUUAGCCAAUCAUCUCUUUUCUCCUUUUAAUAAAUCUUAGGUGAAUUGAUAAGAA